AUGUCGAAUUCCAGGAAUUACAGUGAUAAAAAACCGGAAUUCUCGCGAGAUCAUCUAUUGGGCCUGGUAGAUUCAGAUAUGCUGGACCGGGAGAACGAAGACGGCGGAUUCGAGAAUCACACAGACGAGUUUAUUGACGAGAUAGAGGAACUAGAGGACGAGGAUGACUCUUUGCAAAGAUUAUCAGACCAGGCGAUGCGAAGGAGUGAAUAUGAUCCGUACGACGAAGGCGAAGACGAAGAAGAUGAAGACGAGGAAGCAGAAGAGGGGGACGACGAAAAUGAUGUUGCUAAUAGAGAUGACGACGAGGGAGAGGACGAUUUGGACCCAGUGGACUUCUUGCGCCGGCUUAUUCAGACGAGAUCGCGAGGUGGACGCAUGGGGGCGCUAGAUGAUGAGAACGACGGUGAAGACGACGACGAGAACGACGACGAGAACAACACGCGUUCGGAUCCUUUGAGGGCCAUGAGGCUGAUUGGUGGUGACAGAAGGGAUAUGAGUAGCUAUAACGAUAGAACUGAAGAUAACGAUGAACAAACUGCGGCAGGCAAUGGAUUUGCGGAUGUCGUCCACAGAAUAAUGAGAGAUGGUAUAAUGUUUAGUGGUUUUGAUAGAGACAACAAUGAAAUGCAAGGAUUAAUCAACAAUUUGAACCAACGGGAUGAUCCAUAUAUUAUUUUGGAAACGUUGAAUGAGUUAUCAGAGAGGUUAUUAAUGAUGAACGGAAUUACGGCAGAGAGAAUGGUGCCUGCUAACAAAUUAGCCAAAAGUUUGAUUAAUAUUAUGGAAGAUCCUAAUUUAACGGAAGAAUUGGAAAUCAAUUUGGUUGCGUGCAGAUGUUUAUACAAUUUUUUGGAGGUGAACCAAGAUUUCAUCCACGACGCUCUUAAUAAUAAUGCAGUAGAAUGUUUAUGUCAGAAGCUUUUGGAGAUCACAUGUAUUGAUCUAACUGAACAGUUAUUACAAACAUUAGAAAUGAUUUCACGCGACCCGAUUUCUCAUAAUAUGAUCAUUGCAGCCAACGGAUUAAAGGCAUGCUUGCAAUACUUAGACUUUUUGACAAUUCAUGCGCAAAAGAAGUGUUUAAGUAUAGUAGCCAAUUCCUGUUCUAACAUUUCGCUUGCUAAUUUUAAUAUGGUUAAAAAUGUCUUCGAUAAUAUUUCUGAGGUUGUUAGAAAUAAUACAGAUUCAAACGUGGUUGAAAGCAGUUGGCUCGCGAUAUCAGGGAUUGUAAUGAGUUUCAAACUUAAACCAGAUUACUUAGAGGACUUAUUCUUGAAUAACGAGCUUUUAUUACGGGAAUUAAUUGAAAUUAUUUAUAUCAGUUCUAACAAAUCUCUGAAUUCUUCUACAGAAAAUGAGGCUACAAAAAUACCCUUGAAUUUUGGAUCAUGCUUGAGCUUAAUUAAGUCGUUGAUAAUAUUAUCUAGCGUAAGUGUCGAAAUCUCAAAAACUAUAUUGGAAACUUGUUCUAUUGGUGAAAUAAUAGUGAGGUCCUUGAAUAAAUAUUCGAAGACUAAACCAAACCAAAAAGCACAAUUGAAUAUGUCAUCAGCAUCUAUCAAUGAACAGAAUUUGGAAACCAUUACUUCGAAAUCUUCUAUAGAUAAUAUUUCAGUGGAAGCAUUAAUGGCAGCUCCUAAAGAAUUACUUUCACAAUUUUUGAAUUUGAUUGGUUACUUGUUGCCUAUAACUUAUGACGUAAGAGAUUCUCCCUUCUUGAAAGAUAACCACGAGGAUUAUGAAGAGAAGAUUAAGAUAAACGAAAAUCGUGUUGUCUUAUGUAAAGAGGUUAUUCCAGAUUCGUAUUGGGCGUUUGUGAAUCAAAUUUGGUCAUUAUUAAUUAAUAGUUUUCAAGCUACUAUGGAUUUUGAAAUUCGUAAGAAAAUUGUUAUUAAUUUGUCAAGAAUUAUUUCAUUUAGUGAUGAAAAGGGGUUAAAGAAAAUACGAGGAAUCGAGAUGAUUUCGAGUCUAUUAGCGUCGAUGAUUAAUCAAAGUAAAAGCAUUAUGAAUAAAGAAUUGCCAAUGAAUAAUAAUCAUCAAAAGUUACAGUUUGAAAAGAAGAACGAGACAGAUGUUGAUAUGCUCGAAAGUGAUGACGAAGCUGACGAGAUCAGCCAAAUUAAUUCUUCGAGGAAAAGCGGGCCAGAUGAUGCCUCCAAAGUAAACUCGAAUUGUCUAUUAUUGAGUGCAAUUUCAAUGUCACAAGCGUUGAUUGAAAAGUCUCCAGAUUUAUUUAUUUCUGAUUUUGAAAGAGAAGGAUUAUUUAGCGAUAGUUUAUCUAUCCUUAAUAAUUUGAAAUUGUUGAAUUAUGACUCUAAUGAGAAUUUACCGAAUUUGACUAGAGCAAACCUAUUCUCUUCCAACUAUACUAAUAAGUUCAUUGAUAUGGAAUUUACAAGGGAUUUUGAGUAUUCUCAGACUAGUGAAUUGAUUUAUAGUAAGCUAAUUAAGGUUGCUCAAAAUAUCGAAGACAUUUACCUUGCAUCUAGAUCUUCUGGUGGUUUAAGUGAAGUGCCUGAUCAUAUGAAAGAGUUAGAAGUUAUAAGGGAUAUUUUAGGUAACGAAAAGCUAAUCAAGUCAUUUUCUUUCAGUCAGUGGGAAGAAAUAUGGAAUAGACUUAAGUUUUCAUUAAGUGGAUCAAAUGGCGAGUUCCAGAUAUCAUCAUUUGAGUUAAUAUCGUCGGGAAUAAUCGAAUCACUAUCAUUUAUCUUUACAUCGGAUCUUUAUGACUUUGGGUUUGAAUUAAAUGAUUGUUACAAGGCAUUUGUAACUGUAUUUUUUGUAAAUAACUCGGUAAAGUCUAAGGAUUCAUCCAUUUUCUUACUAGUGAACAAGUUACAAGAAGCAUUGACCAGAUGUGAAUCAUUUGAAAUAGUAUCCUCAGGUAACGCCUCUUCAAUUUCUAAUUAUAAUAAUGAAAGUUACCAUACGUCCGCAAUGGCGAGACAAGUUAAAUUAAAGCUCACUGCUGAAGGUGAUAUUUUGGAAAAUAAAUUACCAACAGGUUUGCAAAACAUGGUAUUGUCUGUUCAUGCAAUUGCUACAUUUAAAUCAAUCGAUACAUUCAUUAAACAAAGAUUGCACUUUCUUGAUGAAUUGAAUGGAUUGGGAAGUGAAGGUGAUUAUAAAAAGAAAAGUGACGAUUCGGAGGAGAAUAAAGAAGAAGAUUCAAAUGAAUCGUCUUGGACUAUUGAAUUUUUGAACGACGGAGAAGUAAUUCCCAAUGAAACUACAAUAUAUGGUGCAGUUUAUAGGUCAUUGCAGACAAAAAUUGACGAAACUGUUGACCCUUCUAAGAUUUGGGCAAAUAUUCAUAACAUUACUUAUCGUAAAGUAGAUGUUGCACCGGAAUCAGAAACAAAACCAAUAUCUUAUGAUAGUAAUGUCAAUGUUACAGACCUUGGUAACUAUGAUAAGAAUACAAUUAAUAUUUUAAAGUUGCUUAAGGUCUUAUUUGAGAUGAAUUCUUCUGUUAAGAAUAACAAUCCAAAUAUGAGUAGCGUUUCCAAUGAUUCUUUUAUGAAUUGGAAGCUCACGGUGAAAUUGAACAGACAACUUGAAGAGCCAUUGGUUGUUGCAAGUGGUACCUUACCUGGCUGGAGUAUUAAUGUAACAAAAAGAUUUCCAUUUAUUUUCCCGCUAGAUACGAGAAUUUUCCUAUUGCAAUCUACAUCAUUUGGUUAUUCUAGAUUGAUUCACCAAUGGCAAAUUAGAACUAAUCAAGAAAUCGAAGACAAUAAUAGUACCAAUAACCAAAGACCUCAAUUGGGUAGACCAACAAGACAUAAAGUAAGACUUUCUAGAAACCUGAUGUUGCAGAGUGCAGUUAAAGUAUUAGGCUUAUAUGGAUCAUCACCUGGAAUUUUAGAGAUAGAAUAUUUUGAUGAAGUCGGGUCUGGUCUAGGACCUACAUUAGAAUUCUAUGCGACCGUUUCCAAAGAAUUUUCCAAGAAGAAAUUAAAAUUAUGGAGAGAUUAUGAUCUGGCAAACAAUAAUGAAGAGGAUUAUAUAUUUUCGAGAACUGGCUUAUUUCCUGCGCCAUUAGACAAAUCUCAAGUAUCAAGUGAAAACGGGCGUAAAGUUUUGUACUUCUUUUCAAAUUUAGGUAAAUUUAUUGCUCGGGCUCUAUUGGAUUCUAGAAUAAUUGAUUUCAAUUUCAAUCCAGUAUUUUUGAAAUUUGUUCAAUUCUUUAAUAAAAAUGGCAUCCAGAAGGCAGCAAGAAGGGAUGUCAAAAAGUUGGCAAAUAUGGCAACCCUUAGGUCAAUUGAUCCAGAGUUAGCUGAUUCUAUGGAACAUCUAUUGAAAUAUGUCGAACAAUUUUCAACUGUUGAAGAACAUGACCGCGAUAAUAUAAAGAUUGAUGAUUGCACUAUAAAUGACUUAUCAUUAUCAUUUAUUGUUCCAGGAUACCCCAAAUAUGAAUUAAUACCAAAUGGAGAUGAUACCCCGGUAACCUCUAGCAACCUCGAAACCUACAUUAAUAAGGUUCUAGAGGCAACUUUAUAUACUGGUAUUGUACAUCAAACUAAGGCAUUUAUGGAUGGAUUCUCGAAAGUUUUCCCUAUUAAUUCAUUGGUAAUUUUUUCGCCGGAAGAAUUAGUUGAGUUAUUUGGAAGUGCUGAAGAAGAUUGGUCCAUUGAAACCUUGCCAUCUGCAGUCAAUGCUAAUCACGGCUAUACCAAGGAAUCAGAAUCAAUUACAAGGCUUAUCAAUAUUCUUGUUAGUUUUAAUGAUAUUGAGAAAAGAGCAUUCUUACAGUUUUUAACAGGGGCUCCAAAAUUACCCAUUGGUGGUUUUAAAGCAUUGAGACCUGUCUUCACAAUUGUUAGGAAGCAAGCUGAUAGUGGGUUAAAGGAUGAUGAUUAUUUGCCUAGUGUAAUGACUUGUGCUAAUUAUCUUAAACUUCCAAAUUAUUCAUCAGAGAGUAUCAUGAGAGAAAAGUUACUUCAGGCCGUAAACGAAGGUGCCGGUGCUUUCCUAUUGUCGUAA